AUGGAUUCUGAAUUUGAUGAAAUAAUGAAAAUAUUUAGAACAAAUCUACCUUAUGAAGAAGUACAAUCUAUUAUUUCUUCAUACCUUGAGAAAUUGCAAAUUGAAUAUUUUAAGAAUAUAGAAUCUGAAGAAUAUAAAGUAAUAAAUUGAUCUAUUAUUAAUAGAAAGCUUUUAAAAUUGCAAAGAAAAUUUGUGUAUUAUUGUAAUAGAAUCUUAAGUGUCUUUGCUUAAAGAUUUAAAAUUAACUUCCAAAUAUUAAAGAUAUUAAAGACAUGAUUAUUACAAUCUUAGAUGAUUAUAGAUAGUUCUCAGAUUCAGAAAUAAGUUAAAUGUUUGAUGUCAAAAUUAAAUUAAAAAAAAAUGAUGAUGUUUUACCAUUUGAAUUGAAAAGGUUAUAAGAGUUCUUAGAGUAAUACUUAAAUCAUAAAAUAGAGAUCAUUUAUUUAUUUUAAUUUCAUUUGUUAAUAAUAUUGGUGCAAUUGAGAUUCUAAGAAAAAAGACUCAAAUUGGACUAAAUUAUAUUUGUAGAGCUUUAUCAAUCCGAUCUUAUUUAAUGACAAAAAAUUUAUUUAUUUAUCAAUAAAUUCAGUUGUAAUUAAAUAUCUGUUUUGCAUUAAAUAAAAAUUAAUAACCUUAGCAAGCUAUUUAAUUGAUUACAAUACCUAUGUAGACUUUAGAAGCAUUAAAUUAAGAUAACAAAACUCAUGAUUUUCUUAUUAAGAAUAGAAUUAUUUUUUCAUUAAUUGAAUAUUCAAUUAAUAAUAACUAAAAGGCAAUGAUUCCAUAUCCAAAAGAAAUACCACCUUAUUAAAUACAUUAUCAUUUACUUUUGGGAUAUUAAUUUUUUGCAUAAGUUUUUGAACUUUUAGGAAAGUAUAGUAAUGAUUUUAUACAAUUUUAAUUAGAACUAAAUCUUAAUAAGAAUGUUAAUAAUACUAUAAUAGAAUGUAUGAUGAAUAUAAAAGAAUGAAUUUUAAAGCAUUUGAAUUAUUGAAAUAGAAACAAGAAUUAUUAGCAUAAUUAUAAUAGAAGACAUCAAGAUAGAAUACAUAAUAGAAAUAGGAGUAACAAAAAACAGAAACAAUUUAAGUAGAAAAAGAGGAUAUAUUAAGUGAAAGAGAUUAAGAUGAUAAUUCAAUUGUAUUUUUUUAAUCUUGGGAAGAUGAUUCAUUUAAUGUAGCAAUGAAUUUGAGAGAAGAAUAAGAGUAAUUUUAAUAAAUAUCAUUUUAGUUGUUUGGAGAUUAUAAUUUAUUCUGUUGAGAUAGGAUUUACAAAAAAAUUGUAUGUUUCACUAUUAGACUUAAGAGGAGAUUAUAAGGAUAUAUAGACUUAUUAAAAUAUAUUUAAUCAAAUUUAAGUAAUAGAUUUGGAGAGAGCAUAAUUUGAUUUAAUUAAUUAGAAAUGGUAUGAAACAAUAUCUGGUUGUAUGCAUAGAAUAGCUAAUUGA